AUGCCUGACAAGACGUACCAUGUUCGCGCUUCUCCGCAGGUGGGCGACAACUCCCCAGAGGUAGUGCAGGCGCUUCGCGGUGAGACAGCGCGGCUUCCCUGCCGCACCGAGGUGGCGGCAGAGACCGAGCCACCGCUGCUGCUGCAAUGGUACCGGGGCUCGCAGCUCAUCUACAGCGUGGACAGCGAGAACGUGCCGCUCGUGCAGGCCAGGCACACGGUGCAUAGCGGGGCACGCGAGGAACGUCGGCUCCACUUCUCCGUGGGACGGCGGCCGUACCGCCUAUCUCUGGGACACGUGCAGCCUGAAGACGAGGAUGUCUACUUCUGCCUCGUCUCAUUUCCCUCGGGCACGUCGAUCAACGCAUCUGUCAGUCUAGUCGUCGUCGUUCCUCCUGCAAAGCCUGUCCUUCGCUACAUCUCCAAGGAGGGGGUCAUGGAAUCCGCUGGCUCCGUCAUUGGUCCCUUCAAUGAGGGCGAACGACUCGUCAUCCUUUGCGAAGUUUCGGGAGGCCAUCCAUCUCCGACCAUCACGUGGCACGUGGGCCACUCGGCGGUGAACCGUGCCGUGACGCAGCUGCAAGACGACAAGACGCUGUCGUGGAUCGAGCUGCAACGACUGGAGCGCAGCCACUUCCGCACGGAGGUCACGUGCGCCGCGGCCAGUGGCACCGGGAUCCAGCCCAUCAAAUCGUCUGUCACCGUCGACCUGCACCCAGCGGCAGAGGAGGAGGAGGAGGAGGAAGAGGGAAAGAAAGCUUCACUUUAA